AUGAUCCGUACCAAUACACUUUCACCUGGCUCACCUUCUCCAGCAACUUUACUUAAUCCUUUAAAUAAUAUUUCCUCAACAGACGUUUCAACAACGCCAGUUCAGCAACUUUCCUGGGAAUUUUUAAGAAAACAAGCCCGUCAGUUGGAAAAUGAGAUAGAGCAGAAAUUAAAUAGUUAUUCUAAACUUGCAGCGCAAGUAGGGAGAAAUAUAAGUCCUAGUCCCGGAAAUAAAGGGAAUUUAUAUGGAGAUGGUUUAGUAGGGAAUUCUAGUGAGGCUAUGGAAUUGGAAUUAGAUGAGUUAAUUAAAAAGUUAACUUUGGUAGUAAAUUCCAUGGCGGAAGUUGUAGAUAGACCUUCAACCACACCUACAAAUCCAUCGAUGAUGCAUAUGUUGCAACGACAUAGAGAUAUUUUAUAUGAUUAUUCAAAGGAUUUUAAAAAAACCAAGGCAAAUAUCCAAGCAGCAAAAAAUCAUUCAGAUUUGUUAAGUUCUGUAAGAGAUGAUAUAAGUUCCUUUAAAUCCGGAAUGAGUAGUGAAACGGAUUAUUUUUUAAGUGAACGAAAUCGAAUUGAUAAUUCGCAUAGAAUGACGGACAUGGUUAUCGAGCAAGCAUAUGAAACAAGAGAAGAAAUGGGAAGACAAAGAAAUAUAUUAUUAAAUGUUAAUGCUCGAAUGAAUCGACUCACAAAUCUUUUUCCGGGUCUUAAUAACCUAAUAGGUCGUAUUAAUUCACGUAAAACCAGAGAUAGGAUUAUAUUAGCAGGAACAAUAUCAAUUUGUAUUAUUUUAUUAUUUUGGUAUAUAAAAUCAGGAAGUUAA